AAAAUUUAAAAAUGGCGAGCGAGACAGGAAAUAAUAAAGAUUACAAUUUAAAACUUAUUGAUGAGCUCUACAGUAAAGUUCCAGCCUUUACCGAUAUAUUUGAUGAAGAAACUUGGUAUGUUUUUGUUCUUUGUUUUGUAGCGGGUACUUUUCUGGUCGCAUUUAUUCUUUCGAGAUUUAUAACUAUAAAAGCCGUUGAAUAAUAUGCAAAGCGAACUCAAUUUAUGAGAUGUCUUUUUGUUACAAUAGACUUAUACAAUUAAUGUCAUCAUAUUUUUUUUACGUCGCAAUCAGUAGAUUUUGCGAUCAAGUUUCAUUCUUACGCAAUUAAAUAAAAUCCUGUUCUCGCAAGUAUUAUAAGAAAAGAUAUUUGUAAAAGAGACUUUGUAAAUGUGAUGUACUACAAAUCAGUUGUGCUCUGAUAAUAAAAUAGAAUUAAAAAUA